AUGUCCAUUGUUAUGCAACUGGUGGUUGUGUCCGUUGCUAGUAAUUGCUCAUCUAUUCAUGAUUUCUUUGAGUACAUCUCCUUGAUUGUAACCACAACAAGUGCAUCUUGCAAGAGAAAGGAUGCUUUGAAGGAGGCACAACACCAAGAUAUUUUGAAUAAACUUAAGAGUGGUGAGAUAUCUCAAGGAAAGGGCUUGCACCAAUCAUCUAGUCUCACUAGACCCAGAGAUACUAGAUGGGGUUCACAUUAUACUACCUUGAUUCGUUUGGAUCAGAUGUGGUCCUCCAUGUUAGAGGUGCUUAGUAUUGUUGAUGAAGAUGGACGUGGACCAUCUCUAGCGGCGGUUGAUGAUGUUAAAGCUCGAUUGGCUAUAUUGAGAGAGAGUGGUUGGAAUGAUUUAUUUAGUGAUGUCCAAGAAUUUUGUUUUUCUCAAAGUAUUCCGGUGCCAAAUAUGGAUGAAGAAAUACCGGUUCGGGGACGUUCAAGAAGAGAAGGGAGGACUGUCACUAAUCUUCACCAUUACCGUGCAGAGAUUUUUUAUGUUGCUAUUGACAAAAUAUGUGUGGAGAUGGAUCACCGGUUUUGUGAAGGAAGUAAUGUUGUGCUGGAUUGCUUCUCAUGUCUUGACCCCAAGAACUCUUUUUCCAAGUUUGAUGUUGAUAAGCUUGCUCGUCUUGCUAAUAUUUAUCAUGCAGACUUUUCUGAUGAUGACCGUGGAACAAUAAGGGAGCAACUUGAGACUUAUGUACAUCAAGUAAAAAGGCAUGCUUCUUUUACUUCUUGUGAAGAUGUUCAAAGUUUGGCUAUGAAGAUGGUUCAAACUGAGAAAUAUUUGCUAACAGCUUAA